UCUCGCUCUCUCUCUCUCUCUCUCUCUCUUUUCUCACUCACUGUGUGUUUCCGCCGCGGCGAUGAUUCGCAGCGCUUUUGGAAAAGCUGUAGCAAAAGCUCUCCGAUCGCAAAAGCGAUUCUACGGAGCCAGCGACGGCGAUGGGACGCAGCACGAGCGAGUAGCGGCGCAGAUGAUCCAGUACGCCCUAGGGCAUGCGAGGUCUCAAAGAUCAGGGCAAUCGUACGACGAAGCGAUGUUGGUGCUCGAGCAAGGGGUUUCGAACUUGCGAGGAGGCGGAGAAGAGGGGAGUGUCGAUGCGAUUGGGACGAUCAUGCUUGCCAUGUCCACAUUACUCUAUGAGAGGGGGAAACUUGUGGAUGCCAUGGAGAAGCUCGAGGAGAUUUACCUGUUGGCUUCCCCAUCUUCAGCUAUUAGAGUGGCCGCAUGGGAAGGUCUUAUGGGACUAAAGAUGGAGGCAGGGCAGGAUGCCACUUCCUUAGUGCUCGCAGAUGAUACUCCAAACAGCACAGCUUUGAAAUUGCGCGCUAAUACUAUUCGGGGACUCGCUGAUCUGCUAAACGGGGAGAUUGAGCCAGCCAAGUCGUUCUUUGAAGGGUUUGAGGAUUGCAAUGUUGAAGCAGGCAAAGAACAAGUAGGAAAUGCUAUGCUUUCAUAUGGGGAAUUUUUGCAUUGUACUGGGAAUAUUUUGUUGGCAAAGGACACAUAUGAGAAGUCACUUCGAGCAUUGGAGAAUGAAAAUUUAUCCGGCACUUCUUAUAAAGCAGCUGCCAAUAUGGUUCCCGAAGAGGCUUUGCUAGGUGUAUCUUGUGCAUUGGGUCAACUUUUAUCUCAUUCAGGGAAGUUUAAUGAAGCAGAGGAGUUGCUAACGAAGGCUUUGACCAAGGCUGAGCAUCAUUUUGGUUCAUCUCAUCCAAAAGUUGGUAUAAUACUGACAUGUAUAGGUUUAAUGUUCAAACAGAAAGCAAAGUCAGAGUCAUCAAGCUCAAUAUUAGUUCAGGAGGGUUUAUACAGGAGGGCAUUAGACCUGCUUAAAGCCCCGACCUUGAAUUCUGAAGUUACUGAUCCACAGGGUGAUAAGAGGGACAUAGUUGCUCUUGCGAGAGGUGGAUAUGCUGAACUGCUGUGUAUUCAGCAAAACAGGAAGGAAGAAGGUGAGCGAAUGAAGAAGUGGGCCGAAGCUGCAUGGAGGAAUCGCCGAUUAUCUUUGGCUGAGGCACUGGACUUUUCUGAACCUUCAAAGGCUGCAGUUGUUGACACCCGGAUCUGCAGACUUCUGUAGUUGCCAUCAUAUAAGCACCCUACAGAGGCAUGCAGAGUCUGUCAUUCGAUCCACAUGGGUGGCCACUUUAAUGCUUUAAAGCUUUACAAACUCUGAAGGUUCUUUACAUCCAAUUGCGAUGCAAGAGCGGUGAACUUGCUCCGAGGAAACAUUUGAGAGCGGAGAUAUAAGACGCCUUUGGAUUUUUGUGGACUCGUAAAGCAUCAGAGUGGCAGCGGUAGGAGAAGCAACUACUCUAAAACAAGGCCUUAGCAGGAAAUGAACGAAGGUGGAACUGGAUAACUUAACACUGGACAUGCCCUUUUUUUUUGCAGUUUGUGAUUUACCAGCCAGUUGCGGCAGUCACUUUUCUAUUUAUAGUUUGGUAUAGCGAUGAGCAAGAAUGAAAUAAUAAUUCUACUCUUGGAAGCAUAUAUAAUACCUUAGCUAGUUCAUUAUACAAAAAAUGUGUGCAAUUGCUAAAUGGUCGGUUGUUUAUUCCGGAUAUAAGUUUUGUUUCA